GGAGGGAGGGACGGAGGGGCCGAGGCCGAGGCCGGCGGGCGUUGGAGGCCAUGUCCGCUCCCCGCCCCGCGCCGCGCUGAGGGCCGCGCACUCGCCGCCCCCGCCGCCGCCGCCAUGCUCAUAGACGACGUCGAUGCCCUCAAGUCCUGGCUCGCCAAGUUACUGGAGCCCAUAUGCGAUGCAGACCCAUCAGCCUUAGCAAACUAUGUGGUAGCAUUGGUCAAGAAGGACAAACCUGAGAAAGAAUUAAAAGCCUUCUGCGCUGAUCAGCUGGACGUCUUUCUGCAAAAAGAAACCUCAGGUUUUGUGGAUAAGCUUUUUGAAAGCCUGUAUACGAAGAACUACCUGCCUCCGUUGGAAACAGCAAAACCAGAGCCAAAGCCCACUGUUCCGGAAAAGGGGGAGGUGAAAGAAGAGGUAUUUCAGGAGGCGGCAGAAGAAGAGCGAGACGUCCGAAAAAAGAAAUACUCCAGUCCCCAAAAGAUCGUUUCCGAGUCCAGCGAACGAAGGACCCGGGAAAAAAAAAGAGAAGAUGGGAAGUGGAGAGAGUACGACAGAUACUAUGAGCGCAGUGAAUUAUACCGAGAUAAGUACGACUGGAGAAGAGGCAGAAGUAAAAGCCGGAGUAAAAGCCGAGGAUUAAGUCGCAGUCGGAGUCGAAGCCGGGGGAGAAGCAAAGACCGGGAUCCGAACCGAAAUGUUGAGCACAGGGAAAGAUCAAAAUUCAAGAGCGAAAGGAACGACCUGGAGAGUUCUUACGUCCCUGCGUCGGCCCCCCCCAGUAACUCUUCUGAACAGUAUUCCACCGGGGCCCAGUCUAUCCCCAGCGCUGUUACUGUGAUUGCACCUGCUCGCCACCCUGAGAACACGACAGAAAGCUGGUCUAAUUACUAUAACAAUCAUAGCUCUUCCAAUUCCUUUGGCAGAAACCCACCACCAAAGAGACGAUGUAGAGAUUACGAUGAAAGAGGCUUUUGUGUACUUGGUGAUCUUUGUCAGUUUGAUCACGGAAAUGAUCCCCUAGUAGUUGACGAAGUCGCUCUGCCAAGUAUGAUCCCUUUCCCGCCCCCACCCCCCGGACUGCCUCCCCCUCCUCCUCCUGGGAUAUUACUGCCGCCAUUGCCCGGCCCGGGUCCGGGGCCCGGCCCGGGUCCGGGGCCCGGUCCGGGGCCCGGCCCCGGCCCCGGCCCCGGUCCCGGCCCCGUGCCUGGUCCCGGCCCGGGCUCGGGUCAUAAUAUGAGACUUCCAGUACCCCAAGGACACGGUCAACCUCCACCUUCUGUUGUGCUUCCAGUACCAAGACCACCUAUCACACAGUCAAGCCUGAUAAAUAAUCGCGACCAGCCUGGGACGAGCGCAGUGCCCAAUAUCGUACCUGUGGGAGCAAGACUACCUCCUCCGUUACCCCAGAACCUACUUUAUACAGUAUCAGAACGUCAGCCCAUGUACUCUCGCGAGCAUGGUGCUGCUGCAUCUGAGCGACUUCAGUUGGGGACCCCGCCUCCUCUCUUGGCAGCUCGCUUGGUGCCUCCUCGCAACCUCAUGGGAUCCUCCAUUGGGUACCAUACCUCAGUCUCCAGCCCUGCCCCUCUCGUCCCAGAUACUUAUGAGCCAGAUGGCUAUAACCCAGAAGCUCCUAGUAUUACCAGUUCUGGUAGAUCUCAGUAUCGGCAAUUCUUUUCAAGAACACAGACACAGCGUCCAAACCUGAUUGGGCUAACAUCUGGUGAUAUGGAUGCAAAUCCAAGAGCGGCUAAUAUUGUGAUUCAGACGGAACCUCCAGCUCCUGUUUCAAUUAACAGCAACAUAACCAGGGUAGUGCUGGAACCUGACAGCCGAAAAAGAGCGAUGAGUAGUUUGGAAGGACCGUUGGCAAAGAAGCCCUGGAUGGGAAAGCAAGGGAAUAAUAACCAGAGUAAGCCCGCAUUCCUGAGAAAGAAUCAGUACACGAACACCAAAUUGGAGGUCAGGAAAAUCCCCCAGGAAUUGAACAACAUCACCAAGCUCAAUGAACACUUCUGCAAAUUUGGAACCAUUGUUAACAUCCAGGUUGCUUUCAAAGGUGAUCCUGAAGCGGCUCUCAUUCAGUAUCUCACAAACGACGAAGCCCGGAAAGCCAUUUCAAGCACGGAGGCCGUUCUGAAUAACCGGUUUAUAAGGGUGCUGUGGCACCGGGACAACAACGAGCAGCAGUCGCUGCCACUGGCGCCCCAGCAGCUUCUUCUCCAUCAGCAGCAGCAACAGCAGCCUCCAUCUCUCCCUCACCUGGCCCAGCAGCAUCAUCACCUCCAGCAGCACCUCCAUCAGCAGCAAGCCCUCGCGGCUCCGUCCCCCACCUCCGCGGCUCAUGGAGGCGGCCCCAAGGUCAUGGCCAAACCCCAGGGGCCGGCGACCUACGUUCUCAAUAAAGUUCCCGUAAAACAUCGCCUCGGGCCGGCAAGCGGAAACCAGGGGGACGGGCCGCAUUUGGUGAACCAGUCUGGAAGUACCGGAGAUGAGUCCCAGACAUUUUCCACUUUGGGUCAUACAAAAAUGGUAUAUAGCUCCACAAACUUGAAGACAUCUUCAAAAUCUGGUGCAGGAACCAAAUCCCAUGAUGUACACGAAGCUCUCAAAAAGAAACAGGAGGCGAUGAAGCUACAACAAGAUAUGAGGAAAAAGAGACAGGAAAUGUUAGAAAAACAAAUUGAAUGCCAGAAGAUGCUCAUAUCCAAGCUGGAGAAAAACAAGAACAUGAAACCGGAAGAAAGGGCAAACAUAAUGAAGACUUUGAAGGAACUAGGGGAGAAGAUUUCACAGUUGAAGGAUGAAUUAAAAACAUCAUCUACAGCCUCUGCCCCAUCAAAAUUGAAGUCUAAGACAGAGGCACAGAAGGAGCUCUUAGAUGCAGAAAUGGACUUCCACAAGAGACUAUCUUCUGGAGAAGAUACAACAGAAUUAAGGAAGAAACUCAAUCAAUUGCAAGUUGAGGCUGCCCGUUUAGGGAUCUUACCCAUAGGACGAGGAAAGGCCACGUCUUCCCAAGGCAGAGGACGCGGCCGAGGUCGCGGAGCCAGAGGGAGGGGCUCACUGAACCACAUGGUGGUAGAUCAUCGCCCCAAAGCAUUAACCAUCGCGGGCUUCAUCGAGGAGGAGAAAGAUGAAUUGCUACAGCACUUCUCAAAAUUUGGUGAUAUUGAAGACCUACAAGAAGAGGAAUCCCCUUUAAGUGUAGUUUUAACAUUCAAGUCUCGGUCAGAAGCUGAAAAUGCUGCUAACCAAGGAUCAAAAUUCAAGGACCGUAGAUUGCAGAUAUCAUGGCAUAAACCUAAGGUACCAUCUGUAUCCACAGAAACUGAGGAGGAGGAAGUCAAAGAAGAGGAGACUGAAACCUCGGAUUUGUUUUUGCACGAUGACGACGACGAAGACGAAGAUGAAUAUGAGUCUCGUUCUUGGCGAAGAUGAAAUCCGAUGGGAGCUGUAUAGUUUUAAGGAUACUGUUUAGAAGAACAUCUUUUUAAAAUUAUUUAAGGAGUCAAUGAGCCAAAUAUUUCUUUUCUAUUCAGAACACACAGAUUUCAAAACAGCAUGCUGCUGUUGAAACACAUCUCAUAACCACCUGUGAUAUUAAAGUAGCCAAAGGCCUAGUGACUUUCACGCAGCUCUGAAGAACCAUGGGCGUGUUCUGGGUGUUUUCUAGAGCCUUCUUCACCCACACCAUCUACUUUUGUUGCUAUUGACUGUGGAUUGUGAUAUAGAUGACAGGGUGUUUGAAGUUUUAUUUUAUAUUAUAAACUAUUGAUAAAAUGACAUUAAAUAUCACAGUUGUCUGGAAUCUCCUAAUUCUCAGAUUCAGUUUUAGUAUGAAGGGGUCAUCGCACUGUGGGAAAUAUUUUUGACUGAAACCCCUUUUUUUCGUUUCGAGAUUCAUCUUGAAAGCAAAUUAUAAUUUGGGUUUUUUUUAACGAGGAGGAGCCUGACAUGAAUCAAUCUGAAUUUUUUUCAGGGUUUUUCUAUGCACAUAAAUUGCACAAUACGUGUAUAAUGCUCCACAGUACUCUUUCCAUGUAAAUCCACCGUAUCCUAUGUUUUUCUCAAAAAUGUUGUGAAACUGAUGAUGGCGUCAUUAGUAUGUUUCCAGUCUUACAUUGUUCAUUCUUUCCGGAGCGUCUGUAAGUUCAGACUCAAUUCAGUCAUUUUGCAUAUAACUUUUUUUUAGACAUGAUUAAAUCGCUCUGUUUUAACGUCCUCAAAAUAUAAAACACUGAACUACCGUUUUUGCUUGCUUUCCAACUCCUUUUCCUCUCUGCUGAUCUCCGGUCUCUUUAUCAGUAGGCCAGACUUGUACAGUAGUCAAAGAUAGUAAUUUCAUCCACAAAAGCCGGGUCCCUUAAUGAAAUACUGAGCAGCACUUGGAGAACGGAGAAAUACUUCCUAAAUAGUGGAUUUAGCUCCAGUUUUAGGCAGAUUACUUUUCAAGUGCAGUUCUGCUUGGGGGAACCAGAAACAUCCAUGAGAGAUUCCAAGUCGCCCCCCCACCACCGUCCUAAAUUUAGACCGUGGCGGGGAGAUGGGGGCCGGAGAUGGGAAGCGUCAGUAGGAAAUGGAGUACGUGUGGUAAUAGAAAUGGGAAGUAAUAGUUGGGUUUUGAUCAUAGGACCAUUCAUAACUUUGUGGCUUUCGCUGUCCAUGAGCUUAAAUGUCCCGUUCAAUAAACAGUUUUCUCUCUUAGGUAAAUUUAUCCAGUAGACUCUAUCCGCUAAGUAACUGUAUUUGUAAAUUUACUGUCUCUGUGUUCUGAGUGCUGAGUGGCAGAAUAGAAGAAAACCAAUACACUGUACCAACCACUGAGGAAAUGAAAUAUGAUCAGCGUAGAUAUAGAGUGUCUGUUUCGAGUGUGUUCACGCGUUUAUUCAUAUUUUCACACCUUCAUUAGUGUGCCGUGAAAAUUUUUAAAACUUAUUUUCAGAGGAUGCUUUGUGUUGACAUGCAUUCAGAGUGUGUGUUUUUUGAAAAUCUGGGGUUACAGAUAGAACAGUCGAGCAAGAAACGUAAAAACCGUGAGAGGUCUGGAUUUACUUAGCGUCGUGAAGUUAAAUCCUAAAUUUAGUUGGUCCUUUCUCCUUUACCGCUUUCCUAAGGCAAAACCAGAUUUGCUUUUUAUUUCCUUUCCAACUAAGAACUCCUCUUUCUAGGUUAGGGCUGGCUUCUAACUAACACUGAGGCUAAAAUGAACUUUUGAAGGGAGAAAAAGCACUAGAGUGGCGAACCUAGAAGAAUCAAAUCUUGCUCCUCUCCCAUCACCUCUAAUAACAUUUUCUUUACGUCUGAGGCUCAGUCAGUAUAUAUUUUGAAAGAUCCAUUGUUUUGAGUCCUGACUGUUCAAAAACGAUAGAGGGAACAAAGGAUUUAUAUAUUUUUUGUACAAAGUUUUUUCUUAAAAUGUAUAAUUUUGUAAAUAAUUUGGUUUUUUGUGUACUAAAACUACCAGCGUAUAGAUUUCAAUAAGAAUCGUUGUAUUUUUGUAUUUGGAAACUGAAUUACAGUAAAUGAAUGGAGCUGUAAGAGAAGUUUUGGUAGACUGACAGUUCGGCAAAGUGGGAUUCCUUUUCAUAUGAUUUUUUUAGACCUCUAGUUCAGAGAGUGAGGAGCUGAGGGACCUAUCCAAAUUUGGGAUUUUGUUUCUUGUGAGAGACAAAAGAAAGGAAGAGGAGAGCGUUAGGUUGAAGGGCAGAUAAACGUUUUUCUUUAGUAAAGUACAAAAUCCUCCCAUAAACACAUGUCACGGGAUCCUGGCGACACUAUAUGAAGACUCGAGGCGUCUUAAAUGUAAUUCUGAGAGCUUCAAACCUCAACUGAGUUCAGCAGCAGGCUAUCGAUACUAGAGAAUGCAGGUGAUUGGAUUUGUUAGAGCUCGUUUUUAUUCUGUUAUUUUAGAAGCCAAAGCUAAGAUUUUUUUUUUUCUGUACUUUGUUGUUUACGUCUUAGGAUUUAUUUUUAAAGCAGGCAAAGAACAUCAGCUCGGUUUUAUUUUUUUCUCGCUUUUAUGAAACUGUCCACCACCCCGGAAGUAUAUUUGGUUCUUCAUAAUUAGCAUUCCAGUCAAUUAAAAAAAUGAAAUAUUACCACCCCAAGCCGUUUGCCUACACUAUCUGCCGAUGUUAAAACCCAGGGGUCACUUUCAACUUCCUCAUGUUAUGACUUGAUCUUCUUAGCUGUGAAAAUAUUUCCUAAAUUUGAAAUGUCCAGUUAAGGUGAGAGAGAUCCACACUCAUGGAUUGUUAUUAAAGAAAAAAAAAAUCAUGUGAAAAGGAAUAGUGGUUCCUCAAUGUAUAGUAUGCCUGUAUUAUAGUUUUUACAAAAUUGUGAACUUGUGUAAUAGUAUUAUAGGAGAUAUUGUUGAAUUUCUAACUGUUUAUACAUUUAAAUUCAUAUAUGUAAUGUUUGUUUUACUGAUUACAAUCUGAAUUUCUAAGAAGCAUGUUGACUUUUGCAAUAAAGAUAUAAUAUGGAAUGGUUCAAGAUUUAAAAAAAAAAAGAAAAAGGUAAAAAUGUUGCAAAUUAAAAAUAAUUUGAAAAUUUACGAACCAUUCCAAAAAUUAUAACAAUCACCAAAA